GCGCUCGGCGGAGGAAAUGCAGUACGGCGGAUUGGGCGGCGGCUUUUCCAAUUACAACUCCAGCGGCCCUAAUUCGGGUCGGAGGGAGUUUGAGGGCCGGAGAUCUUACGGAUUUGAGGAUGAUGGGCGGAGGGGGCCUCCGCAACAAUCUAGGGUUUCAGAAUUCGAUCAACCUUCGCGAGUUGAUGAGGUGGAUAAUUGGGCGUCGAUGAAGAAGCAAACGAUCCUACCUGAUCACGAUUCGCGUGAAUCCCGGGCUGGGGGUAAGUACACCUCACUUGGGGGAAGCAGCGGCGGGGCAUCUCGCAUCGAUGAAGUGGACAAUUGGGCGUCUAUGAAGAAGCCUGUUUCGCAGCCGCAGCAGGCGAGAAAUUCGAGCUUUGGCUCGGGCUUUUCGAGGCCCGAGACUGAUCGUUGGACCCGUAAUGAGAGAUUUGGGUCUGGAGUCUCAAAGCCUGAAUCCGACCGGUGGGGGGGUCGGAGUGAGCAAAAUCCGAGCUUGAGUUUGGCCGAGAAAGGUUUGGAUUGGAAGAAGCUGGACUUGGAGGUUGAAGAGAAGAAACACUCGGUUAGUGGUGGGUGUAGGUCCACAAGUUCUCACUCGACUGGUCUGGAGUCUCCGCAGGUGAGCGGGUCAGAGGCACCUCCUGCAUUGGGUGGAGCUGGUGAAGCUAUAGUGAGACAAGAAGCUGGAUAA